AUGGCGGACAGGGUCAGCAGCAGAACGGGGGGGGGGGGCGGUGGCAUCGGCGAGGCAACGGCAGGGGCGGCGCGGGCGAGCACAGGGGAAGAGGUGGCAGCGGUGGCUAGGUGCGGCGCAGGGAUAUCGGCAGCAGCAUGGAAGGCAGUGCAGCAGCGGCGGGAGCCGCGGUGGGAGGUUGGGGCGCGACGGGCGCGGGCCGGCGGAGGUGGAGGUGGCCUGGACGAGGCCGGAGAAGGCGGCAUGGGCGCGGGGGCGCACAGGCCGCCGCGCGAGGCAGACUGCGGGACAGAGCGGCGAGCGGAGGCGCAGGAGGCACGGGCUGCGGGGCGAGGUGGUGCGCACGGGGACGGAGGAGAAGAGAGGGGCGCGGCUCAAUGGGUGUGCGCAGGCACGACGGCGCGAGGAGCAGAAGCGGCCAGGCGCGGCAUGUGCGGUGGUGUGUGCGUGCGGGAUGGCGCGGGCGCGCGGUAA